GUGUUUUUUAGACCUGAUUUUCUUGGUUAUUUAUUAUGAAGUCGCCAGUAUAUUUCAACAACUGGGCGUCGUGUAAUUCAUUUUUAACAACUUUCUGAUGGAUAUUUUCCAGAGAUUAAUGGUAAAAACUACACAUCGUCUCUGUAGAGUGUCUGAAGCAGUGCUGCUGCUGUGCCACACACAUGGUUAGCAUGCAAGCAGCUCUUCAUGAAGCAGUAGCAAAUGACAAGCAGCAGGUUUUGUGGGACAACGCCUCUCAAGAUAAAAAUCACGAGGCACUUCACAAAUGGUAAAUUGUCUGCAUUUGCUAUAGCGCCUUCUAGAGUCCUGGAACCCCAAACAAGUUCAAAGUGACAAAUUAAAAUUUUCAACUUGCAAAUCCUCAACUUCUUACUGAAAGAGUAACGAUUUAAUUUUUUGUCUCUUCGCGUGUUCCCGUUGUUUUGCACUGGCCUGGGGGAAUUGGAGGGGUUCAGGAAACUGUUGGGGUGACCAGGUUAUUUUUGUGAAACUUGCCUUUUACUUGAGGUUGGAAAUGAUCCGUGGACCCUGACAGCGGGGGUGGCACAUGUUGCAGAGGAAGUGCAGAAACCAGAGUCAGUAGCUGGAGGGCAGGAUGCUGGUGACUCCGUUCUGUCUGAUACUGACAGCCUGUCUCCAGGUCAGCCCCGACAGGUCUCAGUUCUUUCGUUACGACUCCAUUUCUCUGAGCUGUGAGCAUCAGCUGAACUCCACUGGCUGGAAGGUGAAGAGAAAAACCCCAGAAGGUGGAAUCAGGCCCUGCUCCACCGGCUGGGGUCAAGCCUCCUCAGGAUCCAGCUGCCUCAUCAAAAACACCUACCCAACAGACACGGGGGUGUACUGGUGUGAGUCAGACAUGGGGGAGCGUAGCAAUAGCAUCAACAUCACCAUCACUGACCGCCCGGUGAUCCUGGAGAGUCCCACCCUGCCCGUGUCAGAGGGAGCUGCUGUGACUCUGCGCUGCAAAGCCGCGACCAACCCUUCCAAAUACAACUUCUUUAAAGACGGUAGAUCCAUCAGCAGCAACUCUUCAGGAGAGCUGAUAAUUCAGAGUGCUUCCAAAUCCGAUGAAGGCCUCUACAGCUGUAGCGUCGUGGGGCUCGGAGAGUCCUUGGAGAGCUGGAUGGUGGUUUCAGGUGACAGGAAGCACCUACAGGUGGAGCUCAUAUUAAAGAAUGAAUCUCCCUCUACGGCUCCUCUUCCAUCACCUUCAGCCUCAGGGUCACCUCCUGUCCUCAGGGUGUUGAGUCACCUGGUGGUGGGAACUCCAUACCUGGUGUCCACCAUCUUACUCGGACUCAUCUACAGAGACAGGAGGAGAGCUGCUCAGAGAGUCAUGGACCAAAGGGGCAGCCAGGAUGUUAUCAUGGAAAAUGUUGUCUGAAUUUCCGAUCUACAUCUGACAUCAAAGUGGUCCACACAACCAGAUGACCUCAUAGAAAAGCUGCCAUUAGCCAGAUGACCAAGUGAUUUUGUAUUUUUAAGCUUGAUUUGAAGAGAAGAAGAGAUAAUCGGGAGGUUGGAUGCAGACAUGAUGAAACUUAACAGUCGUUUGUUGAGUGUGGAGGAAGUCGAGCACCCACAGGAGUGUUUUUAGCGAGGUGUUUGUGGUUUUUGUUUAUAAAGUUGCUGUCAUCAGCAUUUUGUCCAACUCAGUCUUAAUGUUUGGGUUUCAUUUUUUUCCUCACUUCUACAGAAAACACUUUAUGAAAUUGAUUCUUAAUUCCUCUGUUUCUUUAACAAUUAAAUUUAGAUAUGACAAGUUUGGUUAUCUCGGAAUUACUGAUUUCUUCUGUUCUGUGGUUCGUUCAUCAGAAACUAUAUCAGGGGCUUGAUUCUCAGAAAAGAGGACACCGCCAAGUUCAAACCCACAAACAGGUCAAAGAGUUGAAAAAAAAAACACAAUAAAGUGCUGUUCAUCGGCAACAUUCUGGAGAAAAGUCUGAUUCAACUCAAAAACAGUCGAUGCAACUGCUUUGAACGUUAUUGUUUAGCCGACUGAGUGGAAUUUCUGUGGUUUAGUGCCGAAUAAAAAUCAUAUCUUUUCAAAUUUUGGGUGAAAGAAUCUUGGGCACCAGGACUCUAGAAGGUGUCAAAUGAAGUCCCAUUAGUCAUCAUUACA